CAUGAGUCCAAGCUCUGUACAAAUUUACGAGAAGCGCCCUUAGUGCGACAGAUGAGGGAUCGCAUAAAUACUGGUCGGAUCUUCUGCAGAUGUAUCGCGAGUAGUUCGCGACUUUGAGACUGCUUUCGUUUCUUUGGCUGCUCUUUCACAACCAAACUGCUUCGGAUAGAUUGCCAAAACACAAACACUGCGACUGCAUGAGUUUGCGAAGACUGCGAGCUUCUACGUGUUCGUACAGUGACGAACACUAUCUGUGAAAGCGUUCAGUAUGGCUUGGAUCGCGCUUUUGACUAUGGUCAGCUGGCUUGAGCUGGUCAACUCUGCGACGACCAGUACACCCGCGUACAAGACGUCCGCGAACUGGUUGCGCGCGUCUGCAUUCGUGCAGGGCCUCACAGCCAUGGAGAAGGCCAACUUGACGACAGGCGUAGGUCUGGGGUCGCGUUGCACGGGGAACACGGGUGAAAUUACAAGACUCAAUUUCCCCUCACUCUGUUUCAGUGAUGGUCCCGCUGGUGUCGCGACGGGCGACGGAGGUUCUUCCUUCCCAGCAGAAGUUGUAUCUGGCUCUACUUGGGAUACUGAUCUCAUCUAUCAAGUCAGUUAUGCGAUGGGCACUGAGUUCCGCGGAAAAGGUAUCAAUGUCGCUUUUGCCCCUGUUGUGGGAGGACCCCUGGGAAGGUCUCCUUAUGCCGGACGGAACUGGGAGGGAUAUGGCGCGGAUCCAUACAUCAACGGCAUCGCGUCUUACUGGGGUGUCAAGGGUAUUCAAGACGCAGGCGUCAUUGCGACUCCAAAACACUUUGUGGCCUAUGAACAAGAGACUUUCCGAUAUACGGCCAUACUGCAAAAGAUUGCCGAUCUUGCCAGUCUAGGUCUUGCAGGAGGUGGUUCUAUGCAAUUCAACAAAGACCAGAUUGACUCCAUCGUGUCGAAUCGCACUUUGCGUGAACUUUAUCUCUGGCCUUUUGAGGAGGCAAUGCGGGCUCAGCCUCUUGCAAUGAUGUGCUCCUACAAUCUCAUCAAUGGUGAAGACGCCUGUUCAAAUGGCCCAUUGAUCAGCAUUGCUAAGGACGAAUGGGACUUUAGUGGAUUCAUCGUCUCUGAUUACGGAUCGGCUUUCAUGGUCGGUUCAACGGCACGACUUGCAAAUGCAGGUAUGGAUAUGGACUUGCCGGGCGGCGAAGGCGUCUUUGGUGUUCAGCUGCCCGUCCUUGUGGCUACUGGCGUCAUCGCGAAAGACCGCCUCACUGACAUGGCCACGCGUGUAGUAUACGCAUACUUUGAGUCUGGGCAAGACUUCAACUACCCUGGACCAAAUUAUGUCCUUCGACAGCCCGUGGAAUCUCCUCAAAAUCAGUUCGUGGACGUACAAAAAGGUCACGGUAAUAUUGCUCGCAAGGUUGCAGAAGAUGGUGCUGUGCUUCUUAAAAACACCAACAAUACAUCCACGGGUUUGCCAUUGCGCAAAGGUUUACGUCUUGGUGUUUUUGGUACGGAUGCUGGGCCAUCUCCUGUUGGCAAUAGAUUCCUUUCAGGAAUUUACCCUGCAGCCAGCACGAACAAUGGAACCUUGUACCUCGGCUAUGGCUCUGGCUUUGCUUUGCCACCUUAUGUGCUUGAUCCACUUGCUGCCAUCACUUGGAAAGCACUGGAACAUAGAUGGCAAGUUGCGCCUGUGCUGCAGAACUAUCCGGCCAAGAACAAAGCUAGUUUCGAGUCAGCUGUCAAGUUUGCAGAAACUUGCCUCGUCUUUGUCGCUGCGAAUUCUGGGGAAUCUGCAGACAGAGAGACUCUCAAGUUUGACAAUGAUGGUGAUGAUCUGAUCAAGUAUGUGGCCGAUCAUUGUGCUGAUACGAUUGUCAUUGCACAUAUCGUUGGGCCGACCAACAUGGAGGUGGCCUUCAAUCACCCAAAUGUCACUUCAAUUCUCAAUGCUGGCCUGCCUGGGCAAGAGUCUGGUCGUGCGCUAGUCAACUUGCUCGAGGGCACUGUCAAUCCUUCCGGUAAGCUCGUCUACACCAUUCUGCAGAACGACAAUGACUACAUUCAAGUCAACCGAACUUCUGACCAUGAACCCAAGAGCUUCUUUACAGAGAACUUGCUGAUCGACUAUCGCCUUGCCGAUGCCAAGAAUCUGCCGGUCAGAUUCGAGUUUGGCUAUGGCCUGUCCUAUACGCAAUUUGCCUACUCCGGCAUUGCAUUGGCGAAAAUCAAUGGAACUUCGUUCGACACUGCGCGUCGUGAUGACUCGUUAAUGCGCAUUUCUGCAAUGGUCACGAACGUUGGGACAGUAGCCGGCGCGGAAGUCUCUCAGCUAUAUCUGGCAUUCCCGGCGAGCGUUGGUGAGCCACCCAAAGUUCUCAGGGGCUUCACCAAAACCUUCCUCGAGCCCGGCGAGGCUGCGAGCGUUGUAUUCGAUGUGAGAAAGAAAGAUAUCAGCACUUGGGAUGAUUCACAGAACCGCUGGAACGUGGCUAGCGGAGAGCUUAUGUUUAUGGUGGGUGCAUCAAGUCGAAAUCUGCCAUUGAAUAUUACAACGGUUGUGUAGUGUGGGCGCACCAGUUUACGGUCCAUAUUUUAGCAGCUCUAUCAUUUAUGCGUAUGCGGCAAGGUCUUACA